UAAUAUGCUCAUACUGAGUACAGUAUUAGACGAGCUAUAGCUUACAGUAACACUUCUUUUCGAUAUCGAUCCUCCAACCCGCCGAUCCCUUCCCAAUCCAAAAUCUUCACCAUCUAUACCCCAGACCCCAGACCCCACACUCCACCACUACACACAGUAUAUCAGAGCCCCCAACCUCCAAAGAAAGAAAAAAUGCCCACCCACCCCCAAAAACUAACCGCCUUCAUCCGCGCCCAAGAAUCCCUCUACGGCCCAAUAACCACCAUCCCAGACCCCUCGCAAUGGAAACCCCCCGCCCAAUCCGGCGGCCACCGAGGCCGCUACCUCUGGACCGACGCCUUCGGCGUCCUCAACUUCCUAACCCUACAUCGAGAAACCACCAACCCCCAAAACAACCUGCAAGCACAAGCAAAAGACCACUACCUCACCCUGGCCACAAACCUCAUCACCACCGUCCACCGCACCCUGGGCACCACCCGGUCCUCGCCCCCGGAACCGCUCCCGCGGGCCACGCCCUCCACCCCCCUCGCCGGCGGGCUCCGCAUCGGCAAACCCCACGCCCACGGCCCCGACGGCGACGGCCAAUACCACCAUUACCUGACGCUGUGGAUGUUCGCGCUGAACCGGACGGCGGUGGCCACACGCGACAGGACCUGGAACGAUCAGGCGGUGGCGCUGGCGACGGCGAUCCAUCCACACUUCGUGCGGGGCGGGAGCAGCCGCGGGAGCAGCAGCGGACGUGACCCGCCGCACCACCACCACCAGCAAUCCCUCAAAAUGGUGUGGAAGAUGGACGUCAACCUGGAGGAGGUGUUGGUCGCGUCGGAGGGGAAUCUCGAUCCCGUGGAUGGGCUGGUGGUGUUUCGGUUGCUGCGGGAGACGGAUCGGUGGUUUCGAGGAGAGGGCCCCCAGCCCGAAGAUGAAGGGGUGCUGGGGGAUGAGAUUGAGGAUUAUCGGAGGAUCGUCAAGCGGAAGGGGGAGGGGUUCGUCUCACUGGAUCCCUUGGAUUUGGGGAUGGCGAUGUGGACGGCGCAUUGGGUGGCCGACACUAAAGGGGAGGAGUGGGCGGGGAGGAUGGCGGAGGAUUGUUGUGGGAGGGUUUUUGACUUGUUCGAGAGACGACACUACCUUGACCGGGACCUCCGCGCGCGGUUGGCCUUCCGCGAGUUCGGGACGUGCUUGGGCCUCCAAUGCAUGGCGGCGCAGGCGUCGGAUAAAGACCGCGCGGUCGAGCUGAAGGCCUACGCGGACCGCAUUGUGGAGUGCUGGGAUCCGCACAUCUGGAUGGAGACGGGGCGCAAUGCGACGCCGGAGGAGUUGCGGCCCAUCACGCGAGUCAUGUAUGCCGCGGCUUUGAUCCCCGGAGCGUUCUGUCGGGGCUAUUUCGGGCCUGAACCUGUUGCUUAACUGGUCAAACAACCAGAUAAUUCGCAAAAUAUAAUUGCCUGAUGCAUUGAGGUAAGCGUACUCUACAGAGUCAGUCAACCAGUAGUCAAAAAAAAAUGCAAACAUGUACAGUAUGUAUAUCAGAGCCCGAGGAAACUCCCCUCCCUCGAACAUCCAUCACUCUAUCAAC